AUGCGAUUUCCUCACCGUAGUCUUUCAACCUGCUUCCGAAGAUGCGUAAACGCUCAGUCUAACGGCCUCGAAAACAUCGUACGACAACCCAACCUUUUACAAUGUCUUGGCCGAAUAUUUCCAUCACCACUGCAGCGUCAGCAUGGCUUCUCUUCUGGUAGUUUGGUGCGACAGCAACAGCCACAACAACGCGGACCGGCUGAGUCUCUAGCUGGAGACCCUGACAGGACACAAAAUCACUCGAGCGGAAAUAGCUCCACUGGAGGAAGCAAGAAGGCAACCAAGAAACGUGCCAAGGGCCGUGGCAAGAAUCCGCUACGGGCCAUUGCCAUCAAGGCCCAGAAGCAACCCCCAACAAGCACGCGAGAUGUCGGCAAGAGGCACGCGUCGCCGGACGAACCUGCGCUCCCCAACACCAGCGAAGAUGCGGCCGCGUCACUCGUUACGGCCGUCUGUGUGGCCGAAGGCUUCAACAUGGACGCCGUGACGCGCAUCCUCUUGGCACACGGCUACUCGCUUGACCCCGAGGGCACCGGCUUCGAGCCGCAGGAAGUAGUGCACGCGCGCGCCAAGGGCCAGGGCGACAUCUUUGUCUUCCCCUCGGGCACCGUGGUGGCCUGGUCACUGCCAACCGACGUCGUCGAGUCGCUGGCCGCCGAGACGCUCCUUCCGGCCGCCCAGGAGCCGCACGUAGCCAGCCUCGAGACCGAAGAUCUGUACUUUGUCACGGACCCGGACCGCGAGGUCAGCGCCGUAAAGGGUGACGAUACGGUGGUGUUGGGCACACGGCGGGAGCUGCGCGAUGGAGACCGGCUGGACACAACGCUGGCGCAGAUCGCCUUCUCGUCGGGUCUGGCCCAGAGCACCAAGCUUGCUGUGCUCGAGGCGUGCCUGACCGAUUACUUCAAGUCGAUGCGGCGGCUGCCCGAGAACCUGUCGCGCGGAUCCGAUCUCCGUCUGAACAAUCGAAGCUUCAUUCUAAAAAAGACGGGCGAGCUGCUCAGUCUACGGGCGCAGCUCAAUCACUACUCGGAGCUCACCGACUCUCUGCCUGAUAUCUUCUGGGAGAACCGAGGGUCGGACGAGCUGAAUCUCGAAAGCUACUUUGAUCAGGUUGGCAAGUCGCUAGAUAUCCGUGUCCGUAUCCGCAUCCUGAACGAGAAGAUGGACUACGCCCAGGAAAUGGCCUCUGUGCUUCGUGAGAUGGCGGCGCAGAAGCACGGGACCCGACUCGAGUGGAUAAUUAUCAUCCUCAUCGCCGUCGAAGUCAUGUUUGAGUUGCGGCGUGUAUACAUAGAGUCGACGUCCAGUCGACAACACGAAGGCGAUGACUAG